AUGGCUAGAUCCUUAUCUGAACACUUUGAUUCUAUCACGAGUGAUAGUAUCGACCCUCUUCUAUCUGAUUGCUGCUUCUCUAUCCCACCCUCCUCGGUUCCUGAAAGCCAGUCUACCGCGCCUAUUACUACCGAGCCCCCACCGAUCCUUGAACGCUGGCUUAUAACAAUAUAUGGGCAGAAACCACGAGCGGAACAUCCCCGGUGGGAUAAAAGGGGCUUAAUAUCCGAGGUUUGGACACACUUUAAACAGGGCGCAGAGAUCUCUACUAGUAGACCAUAUAUUACCUAUAAGGACUGUGGCCAGAUCUACGCGCAUAGUCCUAAAAAUGGGACGAAUAUUAUAACAAGGCAUAGAGAAAGAUGCCUACCAAAUAGUAAGCUAAAACAGAGAAAUAUCCAGGCGGCUAUCCGUACCCAGGCUCUAUGCGCUCCCCGCCCGAUAUAUAGGAUGAAAACGAUUAGAAGAAGCAGCUUUUGGUCACAAUCACUAGCCUUCGUCUACCAUUCCAGAUUAUCGAAAACCAGCACUUUCGAGACCUUUUACGCUUAA